GUUUGCUGUGUGGAGCAUGGGUUAUCUUUUUGGAUAUGAACCUAUACUCGUGAUGGCAGUGACAUUUAAACCACACCUUUAAUAGGAGUGCAGUGCGGAAUGAGGACACACAGCCUGGAGGAGUCAGGAUGCGAGGGGUGGUUUGGGGUUAGGAGAAUUUUAAGCCCCCAGCACGGACAGAGAAAUAUGUUCCGUGGUGCUUGGUCGUCUGAUGCCAAACUCGAUGGCAAAACAGUUAUCAUUACUGGAUCCAACACUGGUAUCGGGAAGGAAGCCGCCAUAGACCUGGCGAAGAGGGGAGCACGCAUCAUCAUGGCAUGUCGAGAUAUGGAGAAAGCAAAUGCCGCUCUGAAAGAUGUGACCGAAGCUUCCGGAAGCCAAAACAUUGUUGUGAAGAAACUGGAUUUGUCAGACACAAAAUCAAUCAGGGAGUUUGCUGAGUUAAUCAAUAAGGAGGAGAGCCAACUGAAUAUUCUAAUCAACAACGCUGGAGUGAUGGUGUGUCCAUAUGGUAAAACGGCAGACGGAUUCGAGACACAAAUUGGCGUAAAUCACAUAGGACCUUUCCUUUUGACCUACCUGCUGUUGGACCUGAUUAAGAAGUCAGCGCCGGCGAGGAUCAUCAACGUAUCCUCCGUAGCGCACAAGUAUGGCUCCAUCAACCUUGAAGACCUCAACAGCGAGAAGGCCUACAGCAAGUCGGCGGCGUACAGUCAGAGCAAGCUGGCCAACGUGCUCUUCACGCGCCUGCUGGCCACCAAGCUGAAAGGCACGGGAGUGACUGCAUACUCCUUGCAUCCCGGGGUGGUCCAGACGGACCUGUGGCGGCACCUGAACAAGGCGGAGCAGGCUGUGAUGUGGAUGGCACGGCCCUUCACCAAGACCUCCGUGCAGGGGGCACAGACCACCAUCUACUGCGCAGUGGAGCCAGAGCUCGCCACCGAGAGCGGCGGAUACUAUAGUGACUGUGCCAAGGCAACGUGCUCCACAUUGGGCAGUGACGACAAGAUGGCCCAGGACCUAUGGGACCUCACCUGCAAGCUGCUGAACAUCACAUGGGACUGAAUACAUACAAAGCCGUCUUCCUACAGCCAACUGUGUUUUGAUGACGGGCACUGGUGUGUUUUCUUUAUUGAGCAUUGCAUUUUCCAGCCUGCUUCUACAUGCAGGAGUGUACCCAGAGUUUCCUCCAGCAGUUGCUUGUUUAAUUAAGGCAACCACCUUGACAACAACCUACCAUCUUGACUAGGUAGCUUGAAACGAUAAAGCUUUUAUAUUGUGAAUAUAUUUUUGUUGCUUUAAAAAAAAUCUAUCAUAUCUAUAUCAUCGUAUUUAUCAUAUUUAUAUCAUGAUUUCAUCAUAUUUCAUAUGAAACUGCACAACAUAGCCUUUCCAGUCACGACAGUUGGAUGUCUCUGAUACCGGCUAACCUCCAACCCACCUUGAUAAACAAAUUUUCUGCAGGAAACCCACAGCUCUGUGUUGAGUCUGGUUAGAAAAGUGUCACUGGCACCGGCAUCACACUGUCAAAAUAUCUUUUCCACUUUGCCAAUAUCAAAUUCUCUUGGUUAACGAAACUAAACGAAAGAAUGCUAAGACAUGCCCAGACUAAAACAAUCCCUAAUCCUGACCCGUAAAGAAAGGAAAUUAGAAAACUCUUCAGAGGUCCCAGCCGUGGCUCAAUCGGCUUGGCACUCGACUGCUACACCGGCGACCCACAUUCAAUUCCAGCCCAAGGUAAUUUGCCAAACCCUCCCGGUCUCUCUCUCCCCACUAAUUUCCUGACUUCACUAACUUAUGAUAAUAAAUGCAGAAAAAGUUCAGAAAAAUACUUGAAAACUAGAAAUGCACUCAAAAAGUGCAGACCUCCGUUUGAUUGAACAUUUGACUGUUACGCCCUAUUUUAAUUUUAAGUCUUUCAGCGCUUUUUGUGGAGUUAGGAACUGGAAUGUCCGGUUUGAUAUGCUAUCUGGAUUCGUACCAACUGGCGACUGUAGAUGUUAGAAGCAAUGGUGAUUGGUCAUAAGUAAUGUCACUCUUAUUUAAGAUUGAUAGAAUUUAGUUUUGAGUAGUUUUGUCUGUGUUUCUAUCAUCUGGAGUCGCCACUUGAUAUGGGGCCCCAGAUAGUCUGUCAUACCGGAUCACCAUCAAAAUGUAAUCACUUGUUCCUUUUCCAACAACUGUACACAAUUUCAUCCAAAUCUGUGUAUAACUUUUUGUGUUAUCCUGCUGGCAGACAGACAAACAAACAAACAGACAGAAAAACCACAACACCGAAAACAUAAUCUCCUUGGUGGAGGUACAAAGAAAAAUCUUGAGAGAACAUAAGACUGUGGGAACACAUAGGGCUGCCCUCUUUCAGGCGGCACUGAGACUGAAAAUGUCCUGCCACUAGUCCACUAACCUCCAAUGCCUAUGGGACGUGGGCAGGGGGGUUCCAAGGAAAGUGGUUCAGUGGCAAUGCAGGUUAAGUGAAUCUGAAAGAAGUGGUAAAUCUGUUAAUAGAAGAGCCUGGAAUCCCCAACAAAAUAACACCUGCAGGUGAUCUAUUAGUAGAUUAGCUUUACCACUAAGGUGCUGUUUCCAUGUAGCAGGAUAUUUUUGAAAGCGCAUUGGUUUUGGCCCUCCGUUUCCACGUAAACAUAGUUUUAAAAUCCACAUAUCAAAAAUCCGUCUUUAAAAAUAUCCCAUUUAGGGGGCUAAAACGCACCUCUUUUUUUUUUAAUCCACGUUGCGCUUACACCUUAACAGAAGAAAAAAAAUCCACAUUAAAAAAAUAUCCGUCCACGUGUAAACAGCAUCUAACUUAGCCAGUUUUAUCACUUAACCAUUUUCUUGGAAUAGUCAGGAUGUGUUACGUUUACAAACGCACAAAAUUGAAAAAUACCACAUUGUGUUACCACAGAAACCCCACAAAGACACCUUCAUAAUUGUAUUACAUUUUAAUCAAAAAGCUGUCCGUUGAUUGUUUGGUAGAUUCAGGGUGUAAUGUCAUUUUGUACAUUUGUUUACAUGCACUAAUGGACCAUUCUUUGCUUGAAUAUAUUUAUUGACUAACUAUGAGGAAUACCAGAAAAAUAUUCAAUGAUUUACUAUGUUUACUUCUUAGCUUUUAUACUGUAAUAAUAUACAGAAUUGGUAGGAUGAAUCUUUUCUAACAGAGUAUUUUUCAAAACCAAGUACACUAUACUGUGUUUUAAUAAAACUCUAAUGAACUGGAUUCGGAUGUGAUUGGAGGAUCUGUUGGGUUAGAGGAGCUUCACUAGAGUCAGGUCAAGUUGGCUUUAUUGUCAACAUGCACUGGUCAUACAAACAUUAGAAAUUACGUUACUUACUGUCCCAUGCAGACAUACAGCAUUUUCACACCUGGUCCCUUUCAGCCUCCUAAGCGAACUCAGAGUAGUGACUCAGCAUUUUUGCCGCAUAUGUGAACGCUCCAAAGUAGGGCUGGGACUCGAUUAAAUUUUUUAAUCGAAUUAAUCUAUAGGCUUUGAAAUUAAUUAAUCGCAUUAAUUGCAUUUUAAUCGCAUUUAAAUAUCUGAC